GCACCUCUUCAUUGAUUGGUUGGUUGAUUGAAUUUAUUUGAUGAUCCAAAACAUACAGAUUUAAUAUAGUUCCAUCAUUAUCAUCGAGGAUUAAAUCACUACAAUAAGAGGCUUAUUUCCAUUGUUGUCCUCCACAUAUAACAAACAGUAUGACAUAAGAACACAAAUACAUACAUGUCAACAAUUAUAUAAAAUACAUAUAAUAGUGAAGUAUCAUUGUCUGCCUGCUCUGAGCUCCCUUCAUUAUGUAUAUCAGGUUAUAAAUUACUGAGAAUUCAUCUUUAACCAAUGAGAAGUAAUUACAUAAAUACACAGGCACAGUUUUUAAAAAUAAUUGUAUAAGUAAGAGAUAACUUAAUAAAGUUAAACAUUUUCUCAACUGUAAGCCAAUUUAGUUUGUUAAAGUGAUCUGACUCAACAUGUGUGAAGGGAUGAAAUUUUUAAAUGGCCCUUACUAGCUUAUUUUGUGCUUUCUGGAGUCUUCUUCUUCAGAUCAGCGGGUUAUCAGUCAACAUACUGAAUUACUUGUUCAUAGUCUGUUCUUUCCUCCAGCUUCUAGAGGAGAACAUUGUCUUUUUGGUAAAGAAAGAGUUAAAGAGGCUACAGAGGAAUUAAAGUCCUGAUUAUUCAGAAAGGCACAAGGAGGAUGAGGAGGUGUUGGAUGAAGAACAGUGGAAGAGCAGCAGAGAGGCUUUUCUGAUGAUCACACUGCACCUUCUGAGGACAAUGAAACAAGACGAGCUGGCUGACCGUCUGCAGAGCAAAAGAGAGUCAACUUUGUCCUUGUCUGGGUGUGACCUUGCACGAGUAAGUGGGCGGACCUGUUGAGUGAGUCAGUUUAGGACAAAGUUCACCCUCAUGCAGCAGCAGCAGCAGCAGAGAAAACCUGUUUGAAGACAUAAAAACUACAAAUCCUUUCAUUCAGACUCAGAGGAGAUGGCGGAGAGGAAAGCCAUCUUGUUCAACUUCUGGGGAGUUGCUGUCUCUUCCAGACCCGACGCUAUUUUCCACAAGUUGGAGCAGUUGCAUAAGCUGCCAUGUGGUUUCCUGUCCAGCGUGGCGUCUCAGAAAGGAAGCGCCAUGAACCAGGCGGAGAGAGGCGAGGUGACGCUGUCUCAGAUGAUCCCAGCAUUCGAGGAAGAGUGUGUGAAGGAGGCCCAGGUCAGGGGUGUCACUCUGCCGUCUGAUUGGUCAGUCAGAGGCCUGCUGCAGGAGCUCAGAGAGGCGAUGACGGACGUCCAAUCAGCCGUCCUGAAGACUGCUGCCACCCUGCGUCACAAUGGGUUACUGACAGCUGUGUUGGCCAAUCACUGGCUCGAUGAUGGCGCAUCUGGAGACGGUCUAGCCAGUCUUCUUUCCCUGCUGGGCGGCCAUUUUGACCUGGUCCUUCAGUCCUGCCGCUCAGGUCACAGGGUCCCCGAGCCCGCUAUGUUCAGCUCUGCUCUGCAGCACCUGGGAGUGACAUCACAGCAGGCUCUGUGGUUGGAUGCAGAUGAGGAAGGUGUGAUGGCGGCAGAAGCAGCGGGGAUGAAGGCCAUCUUGGUGGAAAAGCUGGACGACGCUCUGGACAAACUGGCCAACUUCACUGGAGUUCAGGCUGUAACAGCAGACAGUCCUCCACCAUCCUGCAGCCCUGAUGAAGUGUCUCACGGAUACGUCACCAUCAGGCCUGGUGUGAGGACUCAUUACGUUGAAAUGGGCUCAGGACCACCAGUUCUGCUGUGUCAUGGCUUCCCUGAGAGCUGGUACAGCUGGAGGUACCAGAUCCCAGCUGUGGCAGCAGCUGGGUUCAGGGUGUUGGCUCUGGACAUGAAAGGUUACGGAGAGUCUACAGCGCCUCCAGAUAUUGAGGAAUAUUCCCAGGAGCAGCUAUGCAAGGAUUUAAUCACAUUUAUGGACAAAAUGUCCAUACCUCAGGUCACCCUGGUGGGUCAUGACUGGGGCGGUGCCCUGGUGUGGAACAUGGCUCAGUAUUUUCCUGAGAGAGUCAGGGCUGUAGUGUCUCUGAACACUCCUCUGUUACCUGUGGAUCCUUCUGUUCAUCCUGCAGAGAUGAUUAAAGCUCUUCCCAUUUUUGACUACCAGCUCUACUUCCAGAAACCAGGUGUAGCAGAGGCCGAGCUGGAGAAAGACUUGGAGAGAACAUUCAAGAUUUUCUUUUCCAGCAGCGAUGAAGCAGAGAGUCGUCCCGGUCUCAGCACUGCAGGAGUCUGUGCUCGAGGCGGGCUUUUUGUGGGUCUACCAGAGCAGAUUCCCCGGAGCUCCAUGCUAACAGAGGUCGACCUUCAGUACUACGUCAGCCAGUACAAAGAGCACGGCUUCAGGAGGCAGCUGAACUGGUAUCGAAACGGUGAGACGAACUGGAGGUGGAUGUGUUCUCGUCCCAGAGGGAAGCUGCUGAUGCCGGCGCUGAUGGUGACGACAGGUAAAGACCCUGUACUGCUGCCGGUCUUCUCCAAGGGAAUGGAGGACUUGAUCCUGAACCUGAGCAGAGGACACAUCGAGGAGUGCGGACACUGGACUCAGAUGGAUAAGCCGGCUGAGACAAACAGCAUCCUGAUAUCAUGGCUUCAAGAAACACACAAGAAAGCUGGAGGCGUUACCAUGGCACCCAAACUGUGAGGGAGGGGGGGAGGGAAGAGAGGAAGGAAAGAAGAAUGGAAGGAAGGGAGGAAAGUAAGAAGGGAGGAGAG